CCGCCCCCUGCCCGCCCACUCGCUAAGGUGACAGGGGACGGAAGCAACCAAGGCUGCCUGCGAAUAGCAGCUACGCAGUCCUACGCAGACUGAAAAAGGGGACAAUCCUACAGCUGCGAUGAAGACAUCACUGUUUUAACAUCAGAAUAUUAGCCCCGAAAACUCAAAGCGCGCACGCACGUGAGCAGGCUCAUAACCGCAUACCUACCGCAUUCAGAUUGCGCUUCAGGCGCGCGCUUUUUGCCCGAGAAGAACGGGUGCGAUCAGGAAGGAGCUUCAAAGUACGGAGCAGGCAGGGGUUAACUGUGAAGGGGAGGGGGCAAAGAGAGAAACCUCACUUAUUAUAAUGUCGGAAUCGGUGGUCGACGGUAAGCUUGAACCGAAACAGGCCAGCAAGGAGGCCAAGGAGAGUGAGAACGCGGCGGAGAAGUGCUCAGCGAGGGCUGGGCGCGGGAGCGCGGGCGAGCUGCCCUACGCGUUCACGCCCCAGAAACCUGUCAAAAAGCAGAUCCAGUUUGCUGAAGAUAAGCAGGAGUUCAGCAAGUUUCCCACCAAAGCAGGAAGGCGUUCCCUCUCGCGGUCCAUCUCGCAGUCCUCUACGGACAGCUACAGCUCAGCUGCGUCCUACACUGACAGCUCGGACGAUGAGACCUCCCCACGGGACAAGACCCAGUUGAACUCGCUGGGCAGCACCGACUUCUGCGUGAAGAACAUCAAACAGGCCGAGUUCGGCCGCCGCGAGAUUGAGAUCGCGGAGCAAGACAUGUCAGCCCUUAUCUCCCUCAGGAAGAGAGCGUUGGGAGAGAAGCCGCUCGCGGGGGCCAAAAUUGUGGGCUGCACCCACAUCACGGCUCAGACGGCGGUACUGAUUGAGACUCUGGUGGCCCUGGGUGCCCAGUGUCGCUGGGCGGCCUGCAACAUCUACUCCACGCAGAACGAGGUGGCCGCCGCCCUUUCGGAGAAAGGGGUGUCAGUGUUCGCCUGGAAGGGAGAGUCUGAGGAUGACUUCUGGUGGUGCAUCGACCGCUGCAUUAGCAUGGAUGGAUGGCAGCCCAACAUGAUCCUGGACGACGGGGGUGACCUGACUCAUUGGGUGUAUAAGAAGUAUCCGAGUGUCUUUAAGAAGAUCCGUGGCAUCGUUGAGGAGAGCGUCACUGGAGUACACAGGCUGUACCAGCUAUCCAAAGCCGGUAAGCUGUGUGUCCCCGCCAUGAACGUUAAUGACUCGGUAACCAAGCAGAAGUUUGACAAUCUGUACUGCUGCAGAGAGUCCAUCCUGGACGGUUUAAAGAGAACCACGGACGUGAUGUUUGGCGGGAAGCAGGUGGUGGUGUGCGGGUAUGGAGAGGUUGGGAAAGGCUGCUGUGCGGCUCUGAAGGCUUUGGGAGCCAUCGUCUACGUCACGGAGAUCGACCCCAUCUGUGCAUUGCAGGCCUGCAUGGACGGUUUCCGCGUGGUCAAGCUGAACGAGGUCAUUCGCCUGGUGGAUAUGGUGAUCACCUGCACGGGGAAUAAGAAUGUGGUGACCAGGGACCAGCUUGACCGUAUGAAGAACGGCUGCGUUGUGUGCAACAUGGGCCACUCCAACACCGAGAUUGACGUGGCCAGUCUGAGGACCCCCGAGCUCACAUGGGAGAAAGUCCGUUCGCAGGUGGACCACAUCAUCUGGCCUGAUGGCAGGAGGGUAGUUCUGCUGGCGGAGGGUCGCCUUCUGAACUUGAGCUGUUCCACUGUCCCCACAUUCGUCCUGUCAAUCACAGCCACUACCCAGGCGCUGGCGCUCAUCGAGCUCUACAACGCACCGGAGGGACGCUACAAACAGGACGUCUACCUGUUGCCUAAGAAGAUGGAUGAAUAUGUCGCCAGCUUGCACCUGCCAACCUUCGACGCCCACCUGACGGAGCUGUCAGAUGAGCAGGCCAAGUAUCUGGGGCUGAACAAGAACGGCCCCUUCAAGCCCAACUACUACAGAUAUUGAAGUAUGAGGAUGAACCACAGCGAUGUCCUGCUGCCCAGGAAGACAAGCCAGAUUCAUUUCAUGGUUUUUUGUUUGUUUUUUUAGAUGUUACUUUACAGAGAAAAAAAUCAUCCUGAAAAAGCUACUUCCUUAAAGCAAAACACAAUACUGUUCAAUAGGCUUUUAUUCAGCUCUUAUGAUUCCUACUAUAUUAUGAUGAAUGAUAUCGGACAGCAAUCUUUGGGCCAUCCAACAAACUUUAAUUUGCAUAUCCGUCUACUAAAUAUCAAGAAUUCCGGACAGUAGGUUUUUACCCCCCAGCCCCAGAUCUAUAAGAAAAUUGUUCUAUAUUUAAGUUGUCUUCCAGAACAGUGUUUAUCCUGGCUCCCGGCAAAACCUUCCACACCCAUGCAAAUCAGUUUACCUAAUGUUUGCCCAGGCUGAUUGGUGUAUUUCCAUGCUACGAGUCACAUGAAGUACCAGCUGUGAUUGGAGGAGAGAUUUCUCUCUCAUUAAGGACAACCAAUACCCUGCUGGUCUGUUGGGAGUCUGUGUGCAGACCAGCCUGGGCCCGCCCCUUAACAAAGGAUGGUCGCUGGUUAUGUUUAAUAGCUGUAACUGAAACUAAACCUACAGAUGCUGCAGCGCACAAUCACGGCUAUAGAACAUAACAAGCACUUUUGAAUAGUGAAUUUACUACAACAAACGGAGUGUUGGCUCAUGUUCGAUGAUCAGUUAAUAAUAUAUUUACCAAGAAUUUUAAACCAGUGCCAAAUGACAGAAGACAUGCUUGUUCCCUAUUUUGGUGCCAGUGGCCUGAUCCACAUCACCUCCAAAAUCCAUUUUGAGCUGAUAUUACCUCUGUCUUUUUCGGUCUGAUCUGUUUUUUUCCCCUAAACUCUGAGUUGAGCUUGUGGCAAUUUGUGGCUCUAGACUGAUUUUUGCACAAUCUGCCUCUUUGUGCAAGUGAUGUUGGAAUUGGGGGGACGGAGGUGAGGGGACCACACUUUUUGACAUUGGCCCAAGAUUUUCUCAUACUAAUUUGUUUUUGACAGGUCAUGAUCUUGGAAUCAGGAUUAUGUUACUUUGUGGACUUCACCCUGAAUGUUUUUAAGAUUUUCUUUCAUAAUUUUCAUAACGUUGUUGCUAUUUUCUGUCACAAUAUCCAUAGGGAGGUUGCGUACAUAUACAUACAGAAGCUUUUAAAGAUUAAAUAUAUAUUUUAGUAAAUAAAACUGAGAUGUACUUUUUAGUGUGCCAGCGGACCAAAGGUAAAUUUUUAACCCGAGAUGAGAUGAGUACGCACACGCGCUGCUUUCGGCAUUUUGCAACUGCUCCUUGCAUUUACUUUUUGCGAUAACUGACGUGUACACUUACGCACUUUACGAUGAGGGACAACACGUGGUUACAAAAUAAAAAAUACAUAUACUCAGUUUCACGGCGUGUAGUCCGACGUAUUGCGUGCUUCUGCAGUCAUAAAGAUUUUAAAAUCAAGUUUAUCACGCUAUUAUGUGUAGACUAAAUCAUUCGGAUCUUUCUAAAUUGCACUAUUUACACUUACAUUUAGAAAACGGUAUACGUUUAUGCUUAAAGGGAAGCCAUAUAUCUCUUAAUAUGUGCCCUGUGUAAUUGAUGUAGUGCAAUAAAGACCGCAUUUUUUGUUUUACCACGACCGCUCUAUGUCCGUCCCCAGCCUGUGCAUUAAUUUUAACGCUCCGUCGCUUUUAAUCCGUACGUAUAACUGUCCAUAUUAAGGGGAAAGGACAGUAAACCAAGGGGUUAUAGUCCAUGUUCCAAAAUGUGUGACUCAGGAUGGGGAUGUGAAGCGCCAGAACACCGCGGCCAUCACUGGACCCAGCUUACGGUCCAGUAGAAGCGAUCACUGUGAAGUAGAACAUGACGCUGCCCAUGUCUGUUAUACUUAACUAAUUUCCCUUUAAGAUAUCUGUGGUAUGAAUUAAUAGAGAAUACCUUCUUAUCGUAAUUGUAAUGCAACGUUUUUUGUUCCCUUGAAUAUUUGCACGCAUCAUUUGACAAUAUCUAUCCAUGUAUCAGGCAGCCUCGCAUAGAUAAAUGUGAUUCCUAACUUGUUUCGCCAAGCCCGGUUCCUUUUGCCAUUCCUUUUGAUUUGUCGCCACCUGCUGGAAUUCUUUAAAUAAACCUUUAAAAUGUUAAA